GAAGGAGAGGGAAAAGUACAAAAAAUAAACAUGCUACAACACAUGUGCAUGCUAAACGAGUCCGGACUGAUACCAAUAUUUGUCUACAACAACCUGUUGAAAAAGCUCCACUGUGGAGAGAAAAACAUCUCCCUGUUUUUUAAUUAUUAUGUGCUAAUUAGCGGAAUUCUAACAAAAAUUUAUGUAAAAUUUUUUGUAAAGAGAAAAAAAAAAGAAGAAAUAUCAAGUGAUGAGAUGAAGGGCAUGUGUCUAUCAUCCACGUUCAGUUCCAUUUUCAGGAAUUCCUAUUUUUACUUCCUUUGCAUAUCGAUUUUUUUCAAAUUUUUUAACAGCGCUAAUGCAUUUUAUGAGCAGUCCAUCAAGCAGGCAACGACUAUGUUCAACACCAUGUUGACUCCAUCUGUGUAUGUGAUCCUGUCGAAUAUUUUGUAUGAAGGAAUUAAAUUGCCUUCUCCUGUAUCUUUUAAGGAUCUUCUAUUUGUGUUGCAAAAUAAAUACCUUUUGUUUCCUUCGCUCAUUUGGGCCAUGCUGCACAUGAGCAAUCGCUACGGAGUUUUUAAGCUCUAUUUCCUAAUCCAAGCCAUGACCCCCCCAAACUACAACCUCUUCUUUUUGGCGAAGAAUUAUGGAGAACCAAAUAGCAUUAGGAAGAUCCUCAGUGUGUCUUACCCCCUGUAUCUCGUAGCCCUAUACUUUUAUGCCUUAGCCCUGUUUAGUUAUUUUAGGAAUUGA